AUUUACAUAAUUAUAUACAAGUUGAACAUUUGAGUGACCGAGACCUUACAGUCGCCUUAUGCUUGCACGGCGGUACAAUCGUGGUCUUCGUGGAAAAAAUAACUGUUUUCAAAAUUUUAUUAAGACAUUUUAUGGUUCAUUAAAUGUGAAGUGAAUUGUUAUUAAAAUGAAGUGGUUUAGUGUUGUUUUUAUUGUUUUUGCUGUGUUGACGUGCGAGUGCCAGCGACCGGCCUCGCUGCCGAUCUCACGGGGCAGCUUCAAGCAGAUCGUAAGAGGAUUCACCUCUGCCCCGGGCCGCAUGCCAGUGGUAGCCGAUGUAAUCAUCCGCCAUUACAGCUCGAACCAGACAAAGCCCACAUCGUACCGCAUCGGCAGCAUCAACUCUGUGCUCUCAGAUCCUGACUUCGAUGUGGAAAAACCUACAGUUCUGUAUGCUCAUGGCUACGUGGAGCUAUCAACGGACGAGAGCAUCAUGACAGUGAUCAACGCGUACCUGCAGCGAGGAGGCUACAACGUGCUGCUGCUGGACUGGUCCAACCUCGCCUUCGGGAAUUAUGCCAUCAUCGUCAAGACAUUGCCUAUUGCAGGCGAGGCCGUAGGCAGGGCGCUUCUAAAGCUGGUUAAGUCAGGUCUCCCAGUCAAGAAUCUGCACCUGGUCGGCCACUCGCUCGGCAGCCAUCUAUCGGCGUAUGCAGCUCGGUCCCUCUCGUCUAAGGGAUUUACUGUGCCCAGACUAACAGGCCUAGACCCAGCUUACCCUGGUUUCUACCCGGCUCUAUUAGCUCCUCCGAUAUCUGCAUCAGACGCUGAGUUUGUGGACAUCAUCCACACGGACGGAGGCGGGUUCGGGACUCCUGAGAGGACGGGCCAUGCUGACUUCUGGCCCAAUGGAGGGCAAGCCAAGCAGCCUGGUUGCUUGUCUGCUACUGUACCACUUACUAUUGAAGAUUUCUGCAGCCACUGGCGUUCCUGGAAAUUCUGGGCAGAGUCUCUAACAUCAGACGCGUUUUUGGCGCGAAAAUGUAAGGACUACGACACUUUCCUGCGAGGACAGUGCAGUGAGGAGCCUGUCGUGUUCAUGGGAAUCAAGGCUAGUCCUGAUUUACGCGGCAACUUCUACUUGAGGACGGGAGCGAAGUCCCCUUAUGGACUCGAUAAGAUAGGAGCCAGCUGAUGAUCAUUGAUGACUUCAAAACUUAUUUUAAUUUUAGCUUUAAUUUGUAAAUAGUCAUAUAAUAGUGUCAUAAAUAAAAUGAUAGAAAGAAAAA